AUGUCGCAGUAUAUCCCCAACAUCCCCGCCAAUUGCCUUGCCAAAAAGGUAGUGCUCAUCACAGGUGGUGCCAAUGGCAUUGGUGCGAGUCUGGUAACACAAUGCUUGGAGCGUGGCGCCAAUGUAUGCAUUGGUGACCUUGAUAACAUCUCCGGCGAGCGUCUACUGAAGCAAUGGUGCGAAAAAUUCCGCCCGGAGGAAGAAGAUAUGCCCCCGCGCGCCAUUUUCCAGACCACCGAUGUUACCGAUUACCCAUCGGUGCUGGCAUUGUUUGAUCUGGCCUUUAAGACCUAUAAGCGUAUCGAUCAUGUCGUCUCAGCGGCUGGUAUCGUGGAAAUAGGGAAUUGGUUCGAUACUUCACUUACACUGGAGACCGUUCGCCAGACCCCAACCCACAAAGUCAUGGAUGUCAACCUCCUCGGUUCCAUGUAUGUUACCCGAAUCGCCUCUGUCUACUUGCGCCAUAACCGUGGAUCCAACUGCGACCGGUCGAUUCUCCUAUUCUCAUGUGUCUCCGGCUUCAAGGACAGCCCAUCUCUCUUCAUAUAUCAAGCCUCCAAGCACGGCGUCACUGGUCUCAUGCGUUCCCUGAGAAACUACAUCUCCUCUCCAUACAAGCACUACCUUCGUAUCAAUACCGUCUGCCCUUGGGUAACCCAGACCGAUAGCAUCAAGAAAGUUGAGACACAGUGGCAGCAAGCCAAUCUUCCCAUCAAUACCCCCGAGCAGGUUGCUACUGUGGCCACCGGCGUUUUGUCCGACCAAUCUCUCAACGGCACAUCCAUGUUCAUUGAAGGUGGCCGUGCUUGGGAAAUCGAACAGAACAUCGAGCGACUGGAGAGCGAAUGGCUGGGCGAAGCGCCGUCCAAGGCGCUUGCUUUGGGCCAGAGCCUGCUUGAUGAUGGUUCUAUCUGGACUGCGCCGGAGCGACCCCGGAAAAAGAGCACUAUUUCUGUUGGAGUGCCGCCGGGAGUACCUCUUGAUAAAAUCAAUGCCCUCGCUAACGGUGUGGCCAAUGGCGUGCACUAA